CGAUGAUAAUUAGAUGUCUGCCUACUCUCCACUAGCCGAGUUUUGCUUAGAGCCUCGAAGAGCUUCUCUUCAAUAGUAUUGGUGGUGUUCUCCUGGCUGGCAAAGCCCUGGUAUUCCCAGCCCAGAACUUCCAGUACAUUUCCAAGAAAUAUCAAGGCUGCCUGGCAUCAUAGUCUGAAAACCACCCGAAUAGCAAUUUACUUGACUAUAUUAAUCAAUAACACCUGUCAAGGAGAAGUAAUGGAAGCUCUGACGAGGCCAGAUCGAUACCAGUGGGCUAGUAUGAACUAUGAUGAUCGACUCAAAGCAGCUAUGGCCUUUAUCCGCCAUUGCGUAGAACAUGGAGGGGGAGAUCAUGCAAAACAAAGCCCUAUUCCAUCUCAGCUUGAUUCAUACACAAAAGCUUCUGUGACCCCUGUGACCAGACCCAUGCUUCCUGUAAUGAUCAAACAUCCUCAAACAGAACCUACUUUGCAACCAGUAAUCUUUGAAGAGCCUAGAGUUUUUUGGAAACCUGUGAUGAAAAGGAAGGUUCUCAGGCGAAGACCCAAUGGAGAAUUACAAGUGACAGAUGAAUCAAUUACCAGUGAACCCGAGUCCAGUCUAAGUGACCCCGAGUAUGGGGAUUUGAGUCAGAGAUCAUACAGUCAAACUACUCAGCAGGAAGAUGAAGAGUCUGAGGAAGAGUGUGAGCCAGAGAGCUCCCCAGAAUUAGAGGCUUCCUGGAAAUCUUCAGAAGAAAGCCAGAGUCAGAGUUCCCAGUACAGUAGUCCAUCAUCUGAGCCGGCUUUGGUCAUUACUGGCCACCCAAAGUCUUUCAUAUUGCCAAGAUUGGAGCACCUGAGCCGAAACAGAAUGAAGACUGACCGGGUAGCCCGUUAUUUGGAGCAUAAGCAUGACUGGGAGUCACUACGGCUCCCAGGGGAAGAUUCCAGGAGAAGUGCGCGGUGGAGCAUCCGAGAACAGAUGCUGUGUAAGACAGAAUUUCCUCCGAGGUCUCAGCACGUUUAUAUACCCAACAAUUACUUGGUACCUACUGAGAAGAAGAGAUCUGCCUUGCGAUGGGGAAUACGCUGCGACCUGGCAAAUGGAGUUAUGCCUAGAAAUUCUUACUCAUCCUAGAAUCCAGGGUCCCUUCAGCUGCAUUCACAGCAGAGUGUAUUGCUUAGUGUCAUCUAAAGUGUUUCUAUUUUGUUUCCUUUGAAGUGUAAAUCCUGCUAAUUAUUUUUUAAUUGCUUUGGCUUCCAGAUUGGUAUGUGCUGGACAGAAGAGUUUUUCAUUAUAAGGGCUACUUAAAUAGUUGUCCUGAACUGGAUCACUUUUAUGCACAUAUUGACCCAUAAGAUAAGAUGAACUGCAGCCUAUUGGAAUGUCAACAAGAACAGCUUUUUAUAAAUUAUCUUUUAUACCUAGUUCUUUGUAAAGCAAUGAACCUUAGUGUGAAGUCACUUUUUAAAAAUUUCUAACUUCUGGAUACUACAGUUAUUAAAAAUGUGUGGAAUAAAA